AUGGAUAGCUCAGAUAAAGAGGAUUUGUUCGGGCAAUUGGAUCGUUUGGAAGAGGAAUUUGAUGUAGUUUUGAGGAGGGACAUUAGAAGAUCUAGUAAUGUAGAAAAUUGGUCGGUUAAUAGCGGGUGGGAGGAUUAUUGGGCAUGCGAACAGUCCAUCGCCAGCGCCCGAGCUAGCGUAAUGGUCUACGAUGACGUGAAUAAAAAAUGGAUACCAUCGGGCACAUCGUCGGGUCUUUCCAAAGUUCACAUCUACCAACACACCGUGCACCAGACGUUUCGGGUCGUCGGCAGGAAGCUCCAGGACCACGAAGUCGUAAUAAAUUGUGCCAUUUUAAAAGGACUGAAAUACAAUCAAGCUACAUCCACGUUCCACCAAUGGAGAGACAAUAAGCAGGUUUACGGAUUGAACUUUAGCUCUAAGGAGGAUGCCGACUGUUUCGCCAGGGCUAUGUUUCAUUCAUUAGAAGUACUUAGUAAUAUAGUUAGGCAACCCGCUCCGCCGCCCCAAUACGCCGUGUCCCCGCAACAAAUCCAACAACAACAACAGCCGCCACCGAUGCAGAUGCAAAUGCAACAAAUGCCGCAACCGAUCCCGCCGCUGCACUACGACGAGGACAUGGGCUAUCGCACGAUGACGCGCGAAGACGUCGCCAUAUUGCAGGAGCGCCGGAUAUCGGCCAACCUGAUGUCGCCGCAACAGCAACAACAACCGCUUCCGGCGGCCGCGGCGGCGGCGGCGCACCAGCAGAACGCGAUGGUGCACCAGCAGAACGCGAUGGUGCACCAACAAAACGCUAUGGUGCCCGCGCCGCCGGCCAUGCCGAGUCCCGUGUCGCCGCCGCAGAACGCGCCGGCGGUCAAUCAAUCGGGCGGCGGGCACCAGCGGACGGUGAGCGCCCCGCCGGCCCCGCCGCCGCCGCCCGGACCGCCAUCGGCUGCAGGUGGAUCCGCUCCGCCACCGCCGCCGCCGCCUCCUAUGAGCAUGUCGAGAUCGCAGAGCAGCGACGGCGGCGAGAUCAAUUCGCUGGCGGCGCAAUUGCAGAAUGCCAGGCUCAAGAGGAAUAGUAAGAAUACUCCACCACCGACUGAAAACAGCGGUUCGUCUACCAGUAGCGGGGGUAGCAGUAAUUACGGUACGUUAGGAAGGGGAGGCGGUGGCAGUAUGGCCUCGAUGAUGGACGAAAUGGCCAAAACGUUGGCGAGAAGAAGAGCAGCGGUGGAGAAAAAGGUGCCGGACAAAGAGGAGGACGAUAAGAAAGCGGCGAUUUGGGAGAAGACGAACACGUUGCCGGGCAACGCGUCGAAAUUCAAUUCGGAAUCGCCGAAAGGGGUGAGAAAACGUUUCGGCUCCGCUUCGGAGGAGACGAUAUUGAAAGUGAACGGCCUAUCCGAAGUAGGCGGGCUGUCGAUCGGUCCCACCGAAAUGGAGAGUCUCAAAAACGAUAUAGUCAAAGAGAUGAGGAAGGAAAUCGCCAAAAUGAAGCAGGACAUUUUAGACGCAAUCAAAUCGGAACUGAAUCGAAGGUAA